AUGGGGCCGAUCCAAGAAGGGUCUGGAGAGCUGCCCAUUAGAGCUCCGGGUCAGUGGACCAUGGGAGUUGAGCUGGUGACUGUUGGACAUUCCAGAGGCAGUGUGGCUUUUCGGUUUGCGCAGGCAGGCAGGAGCGUGUGCGUACGGCGAGGAGGGUGGGAGCUCUCGUGGCCUCUAAUGAUAGAGGAGCUGGAGCAAGGGUUGCUAAUGCAGCCGUGGGCACGGCUACAGCUUGCUGAGAACUUCCUCUUGGCCAAGGUUUUCAUCACCAACCAGGGCUAUGCCUUGUUGGUUUCAGAUCUUCAACAGGUGAGGCAUGAACAGGUGGACACUAGUGUGGUCAGCCAGCGAGCCAAGGAGCUGAACAAGCGGCUGAUUGCCCCUCCUGCAGCUUUCCUCUGUCAUUUGGAUAAUCUGCUUCGCCCAUUGUUGAAGGAUGCUGCUCACCCUAGCAAAGCUAGCUUCUCCUGUGAUCGUGUGGCAGACGCACUGAUUUUAUGGGUGCGGAGUGAGCUCUCUGGCCUCCCCUUCUGUUGGAAUUUCCACUGCAUCCUAGCUAGUCCUAUCCUGGUCUCUCAACAUUUGAUUCGUCCUCUAAUGGGCAUGAGUCUAUCAUUGCAGUGCCAAGUGAGAGAGCUAGCAACAUUGCUUCAUAUGAAAGACCUAGAGAUCCAAGACUACCAGGAGAGUGGGGCUACGCUGAGCCGAGAUCGAUUGAAGACAGAACCAUUUGAAGAAAAUUCCUUCUUGGAACAAUUUAUGGUAGAGGUUUUCUUGAAGAUGAAUGAGAAAUUGCUACACUACCUUAUUGAGUCAGAUAAAUGAUGCUAGAAUGUAACCUUUCUGAGAG